UGGUCACAAGCUUUAGCAACUGCUCACCGUUGAAGAGCAACGGCUGCUCUAUUCAAGCUUCAGCAACUGAACAGUAAAAUUUUCAGAAUUGGAUAGAAACGCCUAUGAAUUUAGAUUUAAGUACAAGGAGUGUGGAUGAAAUUUAUACUUACUUUUAUUUUGUCACAUUUAACCACCCAGAUUUAUUGACUUUAGGUUUUUUCCGCUUUCAUAUUUUUCUCUGUUUUUAUACUUCUAUACGUGGCCAUAAUUUGACAACUGAAACUAGCCGGAGCAUUGGACACGAUGGUGUGAACUUUCCAUGAAACUUCUUGAGACCAUGUCCAUGUAUUUAUACAUAUAGGCCAGCCAUUUCAGACAGCUGCUAAGCAAGAAGAAAGAAUGGCAGGAGGAGAUGGAGUGAAGUUGCUUGGAUACUGGGCGAGCCCUUUUGCCCUCAGAGUCGAGUGGGCUCUCAAACUGAAAGGGGUCGAAUACGAGUACCUUGAACAGGAUCUCCAAAACAAAAGUCCAUUGCUUUUGCAGUACAAUCCGGUUCACAAAAAAAUUCCGGUUCUGGUUCAUGAUGGUAAGCCACUGGCAGAGUCGCUGGUGAUAAUCGAAUAUAUUGAUGAGACAUGGAAGCAAUUCCCUCUGCUCCCACAAGAUCCCCAUGAGAAGGCCAAGGCUCGUUUCUGGGCCAAGUUUGCUGAUGAAAAGUGCGUGCCGGCAAUCUUAGGUACAUUCACCAAGGUAGGGGAGGAGAAGAGGAAAGCUGCAAACGAAGCUCGAGAAAAUUUGAAGACCCUAGAAAGUGGUCUCGAGGGCAAGCGCUUCUUUGGAGGUGAAACAAUAGGUUUUGUGGACAUUGCUGCCGCUUGGUUGGGAUGCUGGACUCGAAUUGCUGGGGAAAUUGUGGAUGUAAAACUCAUAGACGAAGAGACCAUGCCUGAACUCUGUGCUUGGUUAGAAAAUGUUCUUGAAGCUCCCAUAAUCAAAGACUGUAUGCCGCCUCAAGACAAAUUGCUAGAGCACAUCAAAGGCGGAAUCCACAAGAUGUUGAUGGCUGCAGCAUCUACUUGAAGUCUUAUUCCGACAGUUAAUUUGAGUGGCUGCAUAUGGUUUAUGCAUGAUGUUUGUUAAAAUUAGUGCCUGCGUAUGGUUAGUUUAUGUAUGAUGUAUGUUAAAAUGAGUGCCUGCAUAUCGUAAUGUAUGAUAUGAUCCUUUGGUUUCAACAAAAGAUUUCAAAUGGUGCUUUAUCUAUA